AUGGGCAAGUUGGUGGAGUUAUUGAGCCAUCCUGGCGAGUUACGUAGUGUGAUUCAGUUAAAGUAUUUUCGGGAAGAAAGUAAUCCCGUGGGUAAAGGACUGAGAGGACCUGAUUUGAUUCGAUGCUAUGAAUUGCUAAAUUUGACUAGUAGAUCAUUUGCUGCUGUGAUUCAAGAGUUGAACCUGGAGUUAAGAGAUGCCAUUAUGAUCUUCUAUUUGGUUCUUCGUGCUUUGGAUACGGUUGAAGAUGAUAUGACUAUUGACCCCAAGAUCAAAAUCCCCUUAUUGAGAGGGUUUGCAAAUAAAUUGAAGUUGCCAUCAUGGUCUUUUGAUGGCAGUGGUCCUAAUGAAAAGGAUAGAGCUGUUUUGGUGGAGUUUGACGUGAUCUUACGUGAAUACAAGAAGUUGAAGCCAACGUACCAAGAUAUUGUUUCCGAUAUGGCUAAUCAAAUGGGUAACGGUAUGGCUGAUUAUAUUUUGGAUGAAAGUUUCAACGCUAACGGUGUCAAUACUGUUAAGGACUAUGAUUUGUAUUGUUGGUAUGUUGCUGGUUUGGUGGGUAAGGGAUUAACUCUUUUGAUGGGUGAAGCAGAAUUCUGUGACCCAGCUGCUUUGAAUGAUGACUUUGCCAUGUCUACUUCAAUGGGUUUAUUCUUACAGAAAACAAAUAUUAUUAGAGACUAUCAUGAAGAUUUAGAAGAUGGUAGAUCAUUCUGGCCAAAGGAAAUCUGGAGUAAGCAUACAGAUCGUUUAUAUGCUUUCCAUGAGGAUCCAAGCCAACAAGCCGCUGGGUUAGCAUGUAUCAAUGAAUUGGUUUUGAAUGCUUUGGGUCAUGUCAAAGACGUUUUGUCUUAUCUUUCAUUGGUGAAGGAUCCAUCUUGUUUUAAUUUCUGUGCCAUUCCCCAAGUUAUGGCCGUUGCUACUUUGGCUACGGUUUAUAACAACCCUGAUGUGCUACAUAAGGUUGUCAAGAUUAGAAAGGGUACCACUUGUUCAUUAAUCUUGAACAGUAGAACCUUACCAGACGUUGCAAAGAUCUUCAGACAUUAUAUUCAAGUGAUUAACCAUAAGUCAGACGUGAAUGACCCCAAUUAUUUGAAGAUUGGUAUCAAAUGUGGCGAAAUCGAACAAUUCAUCGAACUGAUGUAUCCAUCGGACACUGAGCAUCAGAAACAACCCAAACAAAUCAACAAAUAUAUUGAAGCAAGAGAAGAUUUGGACAAACAAGUAGGUGCACUUGUUACUGAAGAGACACUUAGAUGUAACACUGCUUUAGUUGGUGUUGGGAUUGUUUUCUUUGGAGUAAUUUUAUACUUAUUGUAA